UCUCUCUCUCUCUGAGAGUCAAUCAGUCAAUCAACUAAAACGACUCCAUCUUACCUUCUUUGUUUGCAAUUUACAAAGACUGACUUUGAAAAGUCGAAACAUAGAUUAGUGUCUGUGAAUGGAAAAUUACAGUUCCUUCUCGGUCAACGGUCUAUCCAGACACCCUCCACCUCCUCCCCCACCAUCGCCGCCGCUGCCUAUAUUCUUUUCUAAUUCAUCCCAUUCCAUCACAAACCCAGAACAUUUAUUCCCGUCUUCAUACUCUGUGCCUGCGUCUGGAAUCCGUCUCUCAGGAGGUUGCAGAGCCCGGGGGAAAGUUGUAUCAACUGUGCCGACAUGUAUGGUUAUUCAGCUCCAGCUGAUUCUUCUCAUCAGUCUGCUUAUGCCCAUUCGGCGUCCUUUGAUGGCUCGGUUCAUAGUCAGGGUGUAGAGAUACUUUCCUCAUUGUACUCGUCUCAGAAGUCCUUGAAGGUCUUACUCUUACAUGGGAAUUUAGAUAUUUGGGUCUGUGAGGCCAGAAAUCUUCCCAACAUGGACAAAUUUCAUAAAAGCUUAGAAGGCAUUUUUGGGGGAUUGCCAAAGAAUCUAACCAGCAAGUUCGAAGGGAAGAUUUCCUCUAAGAAUACCAGCGAUCCUUAUGUCACGAUUUCAGUAGCCAAUGCCGUAGUUGGGAGGACUUAUGUGGUCAGCAACAGCGAGAACCCUGCUUGGAUGCAGCACUUUUAUGUUCCUGUAGCACAUUAUGCCGCAGAGGUUCAUUUUUCUGUCAAAGACAAUGAUGUCGUGGGCUCCCAGAUUAUAGGUUUUGUGGGGAUCCCGGUGGAGCAGAUACGCUCAGGAGCAAAAGUUGAGGGAACUUACCCAAUCCUCGACGCGAGCGGGAAGCCCUGUAACCCUGGAGCUGUCUUGAGAGUUUCAAUUCAGUAUACUCCUGUAGAGAAAUUGAACAUUUACCAUCAUGGAGUUGGGCCUGGUCCUGAUUAUGUUGGUGUUCCAGGCACGUAUUUUCCACUGAGAAAAGGUGGAAGAGUUACACUCUAUCAAGAUGCUCAUGUUCCUGAUGGUUACCUCCCAACCCUGAAGCUUGAUAAUGGCUUACACUAUGGGCAUGGGAAGUGCUGGCAUGACAUCUUUGAAGCAAUAAGUCAGGCUCGCCACUUAAUUUACAUUACUGGGUGGUCAGUGUACCACAAUGUGAGACUGGUCCGAGAUGGUUGUGCAUCCAACUCCACCCUGGGGGACCUUCUCAAGUCGAAGUCACAGGAAGGUGUGAGAAUUCUGCUUCUUGUAUGGGAUGAUCCAACUUCACAUAAUGCUUUGGGUUACAAAAUGGAAGGACUGAUGCAAACUCAUGAUGAGGAAACCUACAAGUUUCUGAAGAACUCUUCAGUCAAAGUUUUACUUUGUCCCCGAUCUGCUGGGAAAAAGCAUAGCUGGGUCAAAAAGCAGGAAGUUGGGACAAUCUAUACCCAUCAUCAGAAAUGUGUGAUUGUGGAUGCUGAUGCUGGUCAUAAUAAAAGAAAAAUCAUAGCUUUUGUUGGAGGACUUGAUUUAUGUGAUGGGCGAUAUGAUACUCCAAAUCAUCCUAUAUUUAGGACAUUGCAGUCGGUGCAUAAAGAUGACUUUCAUAACCCUACUUUCAAGGGGUCAGAUGUUGGCUGUCCAAGAGAACCAUGGCAUGAUUUGCAUUGUAAAAUUGAUGGUUCAGCAGCCUAUGAUGUUCUGAUCAACUUUGAAGAACGUUGGUUGAAAGCUUCAAAAGCCCAUGGGUUAAGAAAAUUGAAAACGUCUACAUCUGGUGAUGAUCUACUAAGGAUAGAAAGAAUACCUGAGAUCAUUGGGAUGCCUGAUGCUCCUUGCAUAAGUGAGACUGAUCCAGAGACUUGGCAUGUCCAGGUCUUUCGUUCCAUUGAUUCAAACUCUGUGAAAGGCUUCCCUAAGGAUCCCAGAGAUGCUACAAAUAAGAACUUGGUUUGCAGUAAGAAUGUAUUGAUUGACAUGAGCAUACAUACAGCUUAUGUCAAGGCCAUCCGAGCUGCCCAACAUUUCAUCUAUAUUGAGAACCAAUACUUCCUUGGUUCAUCAUAUAAUUGGGCUUCAUACAAAGACACAGGUGCCAACAAUUUAAUACCUAUGGAGAUUGCACUAAAAAUUGCUAAUAAAAUCAGAGCAAAUGAAAGAUUUGCUGCUUAUAUAGUUAUUCCAAUGUGGCCAGAGGGUGUUCCAACAAGCACUGCUAUGCAACGGAUUCUCUUUUGGCAGAAUAAAACGAUGGAAAUGAUGUAUGAGACGAUUUACAAAGCUUUGGAAGAGGUCGGUCUUGAGAAGACAUAUGUACCAGAAGAUUAUUUGAAUUUCUUCUGCCUCGGCAACCGUGAAGUUCUAGAUGGGAGUGGCACUCCAUAUGUUGGAAGUUCAAUUACAGCUGACACUCCUGAAGCCCGCACUCAGAAGAGUCGACGCUUCAUGAUCUAUGUUCAUUCAAAAGGAAUGAUAGUUGAUGAUGAGUAUGUUAUAUUGGGUUCUGCAAACAUUAACCAGCGCUCCAUGGAGGGUACCAGAGACACAGAGAUUGCAAUGGGUGCUUAUCAACCAUCACAUACGUGGGCUAGAAAACUGUCUAGUCCAAAGGGGCAGAUCUAUGGGUAUAGGAUGUCACUCUGGACAGAGCACAUUGGAUCUGUUGAACAAUGCUUUACACAACCUGAGAGCCUUGAAUGUGUUAGGCGGGUUAGGUCACUGGGAGAGUUGAAUUGGAGACAAUUUGCAGCUGAUGAUGUAACAGAGAUGACUGGACACCUCCUAAAGUACCCAGUUGAAGUUGACCCAAUGGGCAAGGUGAAACCUCUUCCUGGAUGUCAAAAUUUCCCAGACGUGGGAGGGAGCAUAGUGGGAACAUUUUCAUUUUCUGCUAUUCAAGAAAAUCUUACCAUCUGAUGCAUCCAUAUGCUAUGGCUACACUUCAAAAGUUCAGAAUUUGAAAUAAGAUACAAAUCAAGCAGUAUUAGUGCAUUGAUGUAAUUGUUCUUGCAAAUCCAAAUCUAAAGUUUUCCACCUGAUAUUGUGUACAAUGAUAUUUUUACAUCAUUCAAUUGGUAUGAGUUCUCCCAGUCUUCCACCCAAUUACGUGUAUGAAAACAUUUUUACAUCAUUCAAUUGAUACGAGUCCUCCCAGGUUUAAUUUGUUUC